CAUGUUCGAAAAGUUCAUAUUGUACUCAUAUUGUAGUUUUAGUUAGUUAAAGUAUUGGACUCGAUCAAAAUAAGACAACAAUCAUGUAGAAUUAGCAAAGAACAACCGAGAUUGUCGCUGGACAAAUUUAUUGGUGACAGUUUAAUUCUUCAUAGCAGCCAUGACAUCAAUGAAAUACAGGGAGGAAGAUCUAAACUACUUCCGGGUUUGUAAAGUCACCACACACAUCAUACCUAAUGGAUUACGACAAGUGUUCAAACAAGAGUGGAACACUCGUUACCAGGCUACACACGGCCAGUGGCAAGAUACGGCUAAGAAUGGCAUGGAUUUCUAUGGAAGGGAGUCUCCAAAGAAUAAAAAAAUUAAAUCAAGAGAACUUUCUAUCAUGAAAAAUGGAAAUACAAAUGAAUGGGAUUGCACUUGCCUGUUCCAUGGCAUUCUUUACUCGAAUAGCAUUAAACCAACUUUAAAUGUUAAGAAAAGUGUUGACGAGUUGAGGAAGUUUCGCAACGAAGUCUUCGCUCACACAACUGAUGGAAAACUCAAGGAAGCCGAUUUGAAGACGUCCAUCGACAAAGUCAUCACUUCAUUUACAGACCUGAAACUCGAUACAACUGAAAUCGAAGAAAUCAGGAACCAGACAAGCUUUCCAACAGAAGAGCUGGAAGAUAUUAAGAAGCAGUUGGAGAAGGAAAAGAAACGUAAUGAGGARCCACGACCCUUUUGUGUUUUGCCAGCCAAACCAUCCCACGAAACUGUCAGUCGACUGAAUGAAGUAGACCAAAUCAAUGAAGAAAUGGAGCGUCUAAGGAACACAAAGAGCAACGAGGUAACUGUAGUGUAUCUGUCAGGAAACCCAGGCUGUGGGAAAAGUGAAGUGGCCAGGCAAAUUGGAGAACGAUUCUUCGAUGAAAAGAGCACAGAAAUGAAUUUUGUGAUGACGGUAAAUGCAUCCACCAUUGAUACGCUUUUGCAGUCAUAUGUCGAAUUUGCAUGCAAAUUAAGGUGUGAUGAACAGUCUAUAGUAAAGAUUAGUACAUCUGAGAAUCUUUCAAAGGAAGGAAAAGUUAACGACCUGAAAUGUCUUGUUGCCCCAAAAGUGGAAGGAUAUUCAUCCUGGCUGAUUGUUGUAGAUAACGUUUCAGAUCUCAAGUCAGUUUCUAAGUACUGGCCUCAAGCAGGCGAGAAGACAAGUGGUGUGGGACAGAUUCUUGUUACUACCCAAGACAGCUCUUCCAUUCCUUCUGAUCCACACACUUACCAAUUAUCUUUAAAGCAAGGCAUGGAUCCUAAUGAUGCUGUCAAGGCACUGUGUGAUAUAUCUGGGAUGUCUUGUCAUAACGAUAUCACCCUUCAAGUAGCCAAGGCUCUAGAUUUCCAGCCGUUGGCUUUGGCAUGUGCUGCUGUUUACAUGAAGCAUAUUAAAAGUACCGACUGGACUAAAUACCUGCAAAAGCUCGAAGAAGGCAAGCGAGAGGCAACAGAGAAGGAAUACAAAAAGACAAGCUUAACGUAUAAGAAGACAAUGACAGCGGCGGUAAGAAUGGCCGUAGAUAAAGAAGUAAGUGAAGACAAAGUCAUGAGACAUGCUUUUGAGUUCCUAUCUGUCAUCGCACCUGAACCAAUACCCCUCCAGUAUGUUGUCCAGUAUGUGAUGAACUGUUUGUCGGAUGAAGACGAAGAUUGUGUGGCUUCGACUAUUCGUUCCUCCUCACUCGUACUGUCCUCUGAAAAAGAUGAAGUACAAGAGGUUCGUGUGCACCAAGUUGUACACAGUUGCCUGCAAAGCACUGUAAAUGUGGACGAGAUCGAAUUCAAAGUUGACAUAUUAAUAAUAAACGUUGUUUUGGCCUUCAUUGAUCCCGUCACUUCAGUAGAAGCAUUGGAAUAUAUCGAGGGUAUACUUGAAACUCAACGGCUUAUUGUACACUUUUUAAGUAUUUCCUCAAAGAUAAGUGAUAUUUUUGAUGAUCCAAGUGAUUUAGCCAUCUCUGUCAGCGUAAACAUCUUUCAUGUUAUAGCUUCCUUGCUAAAGAUAGGAGACAUUUGCAGUUACUAUGCAAAGUAUGAUGCUUGUCGGAUCUUUUACAAGAUAUCUCUCAAAAUUCAAGAGAAGGAAUUUAACAGAAGCUGUUUAUCAAUAGCUGAAACUUUAAAUUCAUUGAGCAAAGUUUUUCGUAAUCUGGACCAAAAUAAACCAGCCGAAGGUCGUUCUGAGAGAGCAUCGGCUAUUAGGAAGAGACAACAAACGUUCAGUUUCUGUCGGCAAACAGAUAACACUCAGACGCCAAUGCACAAUGUAAACGUUUACGACAAAGGUGGUAAAGCCAACGAGCUUAUUACUCUCGGAAACAGUUGCCUCAAUCAAAAGAAUUUUAUGCGUGCAAAAAGUUUCUUUGAAGAGGCAUUAGGGAUUCAAGAAACAAUGUAUGGUAAUAGUCAUCCGUUGGUGGCUAGUACACAUAAUAAAAUCGGAGAAACACUUUGUUUAAUGAAAAAUGACGAAGAAGCCAAAACACAUUUUGAAGCAGCACUUGCCAUUGAAGAUAGAAUAUACAAUUUUAUUAUUUCAAUCUUGGAUUUCUCACUAUAUGCACUGGCGAAACUUUUUUGGGAUAAGGGACAAUAUGAUAAUGCCGAAAAAUACAUCGAAAAAGCGAAGGAGGUGCUGAAUCUGAAGGAAAAGGAAAUGCACCCAAGCUUAGGAGAUGCCCUGAACUAUGCGGGAAAGACUCUCUGUAUGAUGGGAAAAUACGAUGACGCCAAACGAUGCCUAGAAACAGCUCUAAAAAUCCAAGACGGGAUGCCAAAUGACACACAAGCAGAGAAACUAGUCACUUUGCUGAAUACUCGAGGUGAAAUCAUGCGUGAAAUGGGUCAAUACAAGGAGUCGAAAACUAAUUUAUCAAGGGCGCUAGAGAUACAAAAAAAAGAGUCCCCAAGUUUUGCCGAUACCCUGAAGAACCUAGGUAAGACACACGUCGCAAUGUGCCAAUUGAAUAUAGCUAAAGAAUGUUAUGAACAGGCCCUCCGUAACGAACAAAAUGCUUACGGCGAGAAUGAUCCCAGAAUAAUUAAUAGUAUUAACGAAUUGGGUGAAAUUUUGCGCUUAAUGGGCAAGUACAAAGAUGCAGAAAUAUACCUGAAAAAAGCUCAAACCAUUCAAGAGAAAGUAGCUCCAUUCCAUAAAAAAACUCAUCCAAACUUUGCGAAUACUCUUAAGGGACUUGGUGAUGUUCUCUAUGAUAAGGGUAAAUCAGAGGAAGCAAAGCAUAUUUUACAGAAAGCGCUUGCCAUACAAGAGGACGCUUACAACACCAUUCACCCAGAGCUAGUUGAUACUCUAUACUUAAUGAGCGACACCUUGCUUGAUAUGAGAAAGUAUGAUGAAGCUAAAAAACCUUUGGAAAGGGCACUCUCAAUUCUAAAGCAAGCAUUUAAUGAUGAACACCCUGACGUAGCGACUCCUCUGAAUAAACUAGCUGCAAUUUGCCGUAAUAUGCAUCAAUAUGAGAAAGCUGACGGAUAUUUGAAAAGAGUUCUGAACAUCCAAGAA